ACCCGACCAAGCAUUUAGCCACUGCCUCUACUCCUUUCCAAUACUCAUCUUCAGUCCUUUCCAAUUCUCAUCACCUCCUAAAACACCACCAUCCUCACAACCUGUCCUCCUCAGGGCAACAAUGGCUUCCCUAGCAACAUCCACGGCAGCAGCCUCCAUCGGCAUGUCAGAAAUGCUCGGGAAACCUCUGAACUUCACCGGUGCAUCGAGGCCCGCUCCGACUCCGUCUAGUGCUACUACUUUCAAGACCGUUGCCCUUUUCUCGAAAAAGAAAGCAGCACCACCAACGAAGGCAAAGGUUGUCUCCCCUGCAGAUGAGGAGCUCGCCAAGUGGUAUGGUCCGGACAGAAGAAUUUUCUUACCCGAAGGGCUCUUGGACCGAUCAGAGAUCCCCGAAUACUUGACUGGAGAAGUUCCUGGAGAUUAUGGUUAUGAUCCUUUUGGCCUUAGCAAGAAACCAGAAAACUUCGCCAAAUAUCAAGCAUAUGAGCUGAUUCACGCCCGGUGGGCCAUGCUAGGUGCGGCCGGUUUUAUCAUCCCUGAGGCCUUCAACAAAUUUGGAGCUAACUGUGGCCCUGAAGCUGUUUGGUUCAAGACAGGAGCUCUACUUUUGGACGGGAACACAUUGAAUUACUUUGGAAAGAACAUUCCUAUUAAUCUGGUUGUUGCUGUCGUUGCUGAGGUUGUUCUUGUUGGUGGCGCAGAAUAUUACAGAAUUACAAACGGCUUGAAUUUGGAGGACAAACUUCACCCGGGUGGUCCUUUUGACCCACUGGGUCUUGCAAAUGAUCCAGACCAGGCUGCUCUACUGAAGGUGAAGGAGAUUAAGAAUGGUAGACUAGCAAUGUUCGCCAUGCUCGGUUUCUUCAUCCAAGCUUACGUCACUGGACAAGGCCCUGUAGAAAACCUUGCAGCCCAUUUGAGUGAUCCUUUUGGCAACAACUUGCUCACUGUGCUUGCCGGAUCAGCAGAAAGAGCUCCGACCCUCUGAUUCUGCUUUUGGUUGUGUAUUGAACUCUAAAUGCAUUGUACAAUUCACUAAGACAAUUUAAGGCAUUUAACAAUGAUCUUAUGAUUUAAACCCAACCACAUUUCAUUUUAUAGAGACUAGUCUUGGUAUUAAUGUUUGUUGUAUUUUUAGAUUGCGGCCAUGCCAAAGUUCGAUUAGACUUAUGAUCCAAACACGUACUGUGAGACCCGAACAUGCAUAACAUAAUAUUUUAUAAAUAUUGUGUGUUAAAGUGUAAUUUGUUCAUAUCUGCAUGGGGUUAAAAUUGUGAUAAUCAAACUUUGAGAAGUAAAGCAUGCUCUUAGUGCUUAUAUAAAUACCCAGUAGCAUGAAAAACUCGAUCAGUUUCAAUUCCCUCAUAGCCUGAAAUACGAAAACAG